AGUUCCUAUAAAGCUCUAAACUGAAUAUUGCUUUUCUAAUUUCCUCCGCUCAGCCAGCGGAUGUCGUUAUUUUCCCCGGCAACAGAAACCUCGUUACAUACUCAUUCUCUUCUUUCCUCAAAGAAUCCGCAACCAUACGUCCAACGUACGCAAUCAAACACUGACACACAGCAAAUCAAUAAAGAAAAGGUCUCUCCUCACAACACAACUUCCCGUAAAUCUCAGUCUCUCUCAACUCCCACCAUUUUCUUCUCACUCUCUCAGUUACUGAUCAUCAGCAACAAUGGCAGCUCAGUUUAACGCUUAUACCCGUGCAAACAUACGCACACUUGUUCUUUUUCCUCACAAGAAAACCCCAUCCCAUUUUGUUUCAGUAAAACCUCAGAUAGAAUCGAGACAUGAUUACAGAGGAAGGAGAAAAAGAAGUUGGGGAAUUAGGGUUGAAAAUGCAGAAUCAUCAUCAUCGUCUUCGUCGUAUCUGGAUAUGUGGAAAACGGCAAUGGAUCGAGAAAGGAAAACAAUUGAGUUUCAGAAUAUGGCUGUUGUUAAUGGUGAUGCUAAUGGGGAAAAAGUGGAAGAGGAAAGUGAUAAUGACCCAAAAGUAAUUGAGAAGAAAAGUGAUGAAUUUAAGAAGAUUUUAGAGGUGCCCAAAGAAGAAAGAGAUCAAAUUCAGAGAAUGCAGGUUAUUGAUAGAGCUGCUGCUGCUAUUGCUGCUGCUCAAGCUCUUCUCAAAGAAACUCCUCCGGUAAUUAAAAAGGAUUCACCUUUUGAUGAUGAUAAUGGAGAUUUGGAAACUACUGAGAUUAGUAGUAAUGGAGUAAUUGGUGAUCAACAACAAGGAACAGAUGCUGAAAGUAUAUUUGUGAGUUCGUCAAAAACUCUAGGACCUGGAACACCAGGUCCAGAUUUUUGGUCCUGGACACCUCCUUCGGAAGACAAAAGUAACUUACAAACAGCAAAACCAACUUUAUCCCCAAACCCAACCUACUCAGUGGUGGAGAAAGAGCGAACAGCAGAUUCUUUGUCAAUUCCCUUUGAGAGUGCCUUAUCUGAAACUCACAAUCCUCCUCUUCCUCCCCUUCAAUCCCUCACAGAGGUUGGGAAGUUGGAUAUUGCCAAUCCCAUUUUAGAGGAUCAAACAAUGGGAGAGAAACAUGAAGAAAACAUGGCAUUUUCGGCAAACGCGUCCGAAGCUGUUGAGGCUCUUAAUAAGGUUGAUGAAGCUUCAACAGAAGGAGUGACCGAGGACGGUGUGAAGUGGUGGAAGGAGACUGGUUUAGAGCAAAGAACAGAUGGAGCUCUCUGCAGGUGGACUCUGACUAGGGGAGUUAGUGCUGAUGGAAGUGUUGAAUGGGAAGACAAGUUCUGGGAAGCUGUGGGCGAGAAUGAUUAUAAAGAGCUUGGUUCGGAGAAGUCAGGACGCGAUGCAUCAGGAAAUAUUUGGCGCGAAUACUGGAAAGAAUCAAUGUGGCAGGAUCAUAUUACUGGGGUUGAACAUAUGGAGAAAAGUGCUGACAAAUGGGGAAAGAAUGGAAUGGGUGGUCAGUGGCACGAGAAAUGGUGGGAACAUUAUGAUGCCACUGGCCAAGCUGAGAAGUGGGCUGAUAAGUAUUGCAGCAUUGAUCCCAACACGCCCCUUGAAGAUGGCCAUGCUCACGUCUGGCAUGAGAGGUGGGGCGAGAAGUAUGAUGGGAUGGGAGGAAGCACAAAAUACACUGACAAAUGGGCGGAGAGGUCAGAAGGUGAUGGCUGGUCCAAGUGGGGCGACAAAUGGGACGAAAAUUUUAACACAAGUGGACAUGGAGUCAAACAAGGGGAGACAUGGUGGCAAGGUAAAUUUGGGGAACGUUGGAAUCGUACAUGGGGCGAAGGCCAUAAUGGGUCUGGCUGGGUACAUAAGUAUGGAAAAAGCAGCAGCGGCGAGCACUGGGAUACACACGAACAACAAGAUACCUGGUAUGCGAGAUACCCACAUUUCGGUUUUGAUCACUGCUUUGAAAACUCUGUUCAGCUCCGUGAAGUUCAAUUGCCCCCACCAGAAGCUUCACCGCCUGAGACAUCAUAAAGAGCAAAAACCGCUUGAUGUUGUUUUCUCCUAUGAACCUGCUUAGUUCUCUAGUUUAGGUAGAUAUAUGUUGGUUACGUUCCAUAAAUCCGUAGUCGUACAAACUGGAUAAUGCAGACAGGGAAACUAGCUUGGUAAACAACCUUCCAUUAGAUGAAAAAGUAUAUUAUCUGUAAUAAAAAACAAAAUUUAUUUUUGUUUGUAUGAAAUCCGAUCUCCGAAAUGAGUUAUGGCA